AUGAGUCGUCAAAAUCAUCCAUUUUAUGAUAAAUUUGAUGAUCGUUUAAAAGCACUUUGGACAAUUGAUAGAUCAAAUACAAAUAGUCAAGAAAAAUUAGCUAAAUUAAAACAAGCAAUUGAUAAAGGUUCAGCCAGUGGUUUAAUUGAUAUUUAUGAUGACAAAACUGGUGAAACCCGAGCAAAAGUUACAAUCUUAAUAAUCGCAUGUUUUGAAGGAGAUUAUCAAACAAUUAAAUUUUUACUUGAUAAUGGCGCUGAUCCUAAUGAAACUGAAAGGGAACAUAAUUUAACAGCAAUUCAUGUUCUUGUUGAUGGUCCAUAUAAAGGACAAACAAUAACAGAAACAGAACGUGCACAACUUAUACGAUUAAUGAUUAAAAAUGGUGCCAAUGUCAAUCAUCCUGAUAAACAUCAAUUAACACCUAUUCACAAAGCAGUUAUUAAUGAUCGUUCAGAAUGUGUAGAUGUAUUAAUUGAAGCUAAUGUUGAUCCAAAUGUUGUUUUUAUGGGUGAAAGACCAUUGAGUAUUGCUGCAAGACAAAAUCGAGAUAAAAUUUUGAAAAAAUUACUUGAUUAUCCACAAACCAAAACUGAUGUUAAAAAUGAAGCUGGUGGAACUAUUUUGCAUUUUGCUGCUGCUGGAAUGAUUGAUAGCCCAGAAUGUGUUGAUUUAUUAAUAAAAGCUGGUUUAGAUAUUAAUAUUCAAGAUCAACGAGGAAAUACUCCAUUAAUGGUUGCUUGUUUUUUCAAUAAACCUCGAAUUGUUAAAUCACUUGUUGCAGCUAAUGCCGAUGUAACUAUUAAAAAUAAGGAAGGGAAAGAUGCUGCUGCUCUUUGUGAUGACAGAGAUGUUCAAGAAUGUAAAGAUAUUCUUCAACAAAAAUAA